GAUAUUCAUUCUAUAGAACAUUACUAAAAUAUUAUUAAUAUAAGUAUAUUUGAAGAUUUAUUAUUCUUAUGUUAUAAUGUAUAAAAUAUAAGGGGAUAUAGUGUUAAUAUAAAUAUUAAUAAUCAAUGGCUAAUGGCGUAACAACAGAAUGGGAAGAUAUUCAUGUAAAACAUGGAAACUAUGUGGAAAGAGAGAAAGUAACAACUUUAAAGGAAACAUAUUAAUAAGCAAUAUCUAAAUUAGAAGAAAAACAAGAGAGUGAUGAUGAUUUUUUUGAAGAUGAUGAAUUUACUAAAUAAUAUAAAGCAUAAAGGUAUAUGUGUAUAUUAAUGAAUAUAGACUUUAAUAAAUGAUGGAGUAAGCAUAAAAGAAACUAUAUGGAGAGGUCUAUGAGAUAUCUAGAGAUGAAUAUGUUAAAUAAGUUACUGAAGCAUCUAAGGAUAGAUUUGUUGUGUUAUCUCUUUAUUAAGAUUAUAUUAUUGAAUCUUUAAAACUUAAUGAAGUAUUAAGUGAACUAGCUAAAUAAUAUAAAGAGAUUAAAUUUGUAAAGAUGGUAGCAACUAAAUGUAUUGAAAACUUUCCAGAUGAUUAAUGUCCAUGUUUUAUUAUUUAUAAAGAUACUAAAGCUGUCUCUAACAUUCCAUUCAUUCAUAAACUCAGGAAAAUUACAUUUGCUUCUAUUGAAGAUUUACUUAUUGGUUAAGGUAAACAUUUAAAUUAUUAUUAGGUGUUAUUCCUAAACCACCUGAUGAAGAUGAAUAAUAUGAAGAAAUCAAAGAUAAACUCAAAAAUCCAUAUAAAACUAACAAUGUUAAAGAUGUUGAUGAUGAAAUUAAUGAUAGAGAAUAUUCUCAUCAAAUUAAUUUCUAAAAACCUAAAUGA